CUUGUGUUGUUGUUGUUGUUCCUCCCACUGCAGCGGGAAAGCUACAAGCAGCUCUUCUCCUCUUUAUCUCUAGCUAAUGCUACUCAUAAGCCUUGAAAACCAAAGUCGUUAUCGUUUCCGGUGUACACUUUGUUAAUGUUCAUUUUGGAAACCUGGAUAUAAUAAUUAACACAAAGAGGUAAAGGGAGAGAUGUCGUACUACUCAUCUUCAUCAUCUCGCAGUUCCUCCAGAAACUUGGAGUGUAAGGUGUAUGUGGGAGAUCUGGGAGGAGGAGCUGCUAAAGGAGAAAUCGAAAGGGCCUUCGGCUAUUAUGGCCCUUUGCGCAGCGUUUGGGUGGCCAGGAACCCUCCUGGUUUUGCUUUUGUGGAAUACGAAGAUGCCCGGGAUGCAGAGGAUGCAGUGAAAGGAAUGGAUGGAAAGCUACUGGGUGGAUCGCGUAUUCGCGUGGAGCUGUCCACUGGCAUGUCUAGGAAGAGCCGAUAUGGCCGAGCCAGUCGCCGUCCAUUUGAUCCAAAUGAUAGAUGCUAUCAGUGUGGAGACAGGGGACACUAUGCCUACGACUGCUACCGCUUCAGCAAGCGAGGACGUCGAAGCAGAUCCCGGUCUCGAUCUCGCUCCAGGUCAAGGAGCCGCCGCAACCGUUCACGAUCUCGAAGCCGCAGCUAUAACCGGAGGUACCGUUCUCCAUCUUAUUCAAAACGCAGGAGCAGGUCUGGCACUCCAGCUCGCUCAAAAUCAAGGACUCCUGUUCGGAGUCGCUCUCGGUCUCGCUCUCGAUCUGGAUCUGCUUCGCGCUCUCGCUCCAGAUCUAGGUCCCGCUCUCGCAGCCUUAAGAGGCGCAGAUCCAGUUGAUUAGCUACAGAGAGUGAACGAGAUCACCGGCCAAAAAAAAAGAAAGCAAGCACAAAUCUGUCUUGAUCAGACUCCGGUGACCAAUUGCUGCAGGCUGUUCUUGUCUUUUCUUAAAGAGUGCGGGAGUGGAUGGCACUGACCAGGGCUCGUCCUUGCCAUGUUAAACGUCCUCCAGGAGGGUGACAAAAGAGCUUACCCGAGAUCAGCCUCCUGCCGCGCUGCUUUAAAGAGAUCGUCCAAGGGCAUCCUGCGCGUACUCAAACAGUUGUUCCACCCGCCCCACUCCCAUCCCAUGCACUACUACUGCAGACCAGAAAUGCUGGGCUGAGAGUUUUGGGCUUCCCCCCCCCCCUUCCCUUUUUUCCUUCAAAGCUCUGGCUUCAUGCUUAGCUUCUGAGAAGGGUGUGUGAGAGAAAGAGAGAGACGAGAGAUCAGUCUUCAAGACCUCUGCGAGUGUGUCUUCGAGUUCUAGCAUCCGUCGCUUCUCUGUAUGUUGUUUCCGCCACUAUCUGCAAAGGUAACCAACCCAAGAGUUACUGUCCUUCUUGAUAUGAGCCCUGGUUCUAAUAAAGCCAGAUUCUCUGUAAACCUUUACUUAAUGCUGAACAUGUGCAGAGCAUGUGAUGAUUAACACCCCUGUGAGAGUGAGUGUAUGCAGCUGUGCGAGUGUGUGUGUGCAAGUGUAAGAGAAACACACAUGGUUUCACGUGUGUGUGGGUUUUUAUUAUUUUUUUAUUUUUUUUAAGCAAUCUAAUCCUGGUUUAGAGAAAUGAAUUGGGUGAGAUUUUCACAUUAAUUUCUGGAUAAUGUGGUACUGUUAAAUAGAUAAGGGAUUUAGACAUUUUGUAGAUGGCUCAUGUGAGAUGGUGGCACUCUUGGGUUCUAAAAUGGUCUAUCAUUAGGUGAAGCAGUCUCGACCCCGUUGCAGUCAGCAGCAGUUUGCUUCUCAACUCAUCACUUUUAAUAAAUACUCCAGCGUUUUCCUAUACACCUCAUCUGUAGCGUACGUGUCUGUAACACGUUUCCCUGUAACUAAGCAGAGAACAGAAACCUGUGUAUGCAAAAUAUGCUUAGAAUAGAAGGCUAAGGGCAGUUGGUGAAUUCCAUCAAUCAAUAAUUAUGGAGAAAUCUUUGUAGAACACUUUCAUGAAUUCUUCAUGUUGUGGGGUUCUGAUCUCGCACUGACACCACAAAACCUUUAUACCACAAAAGCCUAAGUAAGCAAAUUGGCUUUAUUGUUUUAGUGUUUGAAUAAUACUAUAAGAACAAACUGGGUAAGAUAUUGUUAUGUCGUGUUUGUCACCUUAAUUUUGGUGAACACUGGGGUGGACAAAUGAUAAAUGAUAGACAGACAGACAGACAGACAGACAGAUAGAUAGAUAGAUAGAUAGAUAGAUUAAGACAUACUAGUAAGAAAAUAAAAAUAGAAAGUUUUUGAAGCUGAAAAAAUCCCAAUUUAACAGUGUAAAUCAAAUGUAAGUAAAAUGAAACAUAAAUGUAAAGUAAGUGUCGAAAUAUAAGUAUAAAUAAAAAUGAAAAGUAGGGUUUAUUGUCGUUUUCUGGUAGUUGAACCAACUAUGGAUUAAAAAAAAAAAAAACUAAUGUACUAAGACAGAAUCUGCUUGUUUCAGGCAUGCAGGCUACGGAUUUGUCCAUCCCUAAUUAUAUUUCAGUGUUUAUUGAGAGCAUUUAACAUCAGCCACACAUUUGGCCUUCAUUCUAAGUGAUUUCUGAUUACAGUUUUUCGUUCUUUUCUCAGCACAGAGAAAUGUAUCAGUAUGGGUGGUAAUUACACCUGCCCUACAGAUGCAGAGGAGUCAGAGUAGAAAUAUGCUGGAGUAUUUCUAUAAUUUUGUUUUUUAGUUCUCAGCUGCUUUCCAGGUGUUUAACAUUCACAACUAUGUGACAGAUUUAAACAAGACAGUUUAUUUCAGUUUAUUUCUUAAGCUUUCAAUACCAGUGUAUUUGUAGCUCAUGAUGUUUAACAGUCCAUUUAUAUCUAGAUUUAACAUGUUCUGUAGUUCUCAAGCAGCACUGAAAGAGGUCAAGCUCAAACAUUGGAAUAAGAGCCAUCCAUGAGGAAUAUGGUUGAAGCUGUGCAAAGUUCAUGGAUGAUUUUUGUUAGCCUUGGAUAUAUAUUCUCCUCACUGAAGGCCUCUUUCUCUGUGUUCCAGCCAUUCCAGGUCCCCCAGCCCGAAAAAAAGCCCCACAUCCCCUGAUGAAGAUCGAGUGGAGAAGAAUCCCUAAAUCCAAAUCACUUAUUCACCUUUUUUUUGCUUCCAUUGCCCUGUUUUUCUUCACAUAAAUCUUAUAUAAUUAUAGAAUCUGUUCAGUUCUGCUUGUCUGAAAGAAUUUAUUCACUCUAAUGUCUGUUUAUCUUAAAAUUAUUGAUUGUUACUAUAAAUAUUAUUUCCCUCCUUUAAUUAUAAAUUGACAUUUGUAUAUUUUUGCUUUACAUAUUAAUUAGAAAGGAAUGAUAGUACUCAUAAAUCGACUGUACUGAGUUUUCUGUUUUGCCUGUAAGUUUACACUGGAAAUGAACAAAAAUGAAUAAAGAGUUCUAGCAUGA